AUGGCAUGUGGAGUGGUCCCACCUUUCAUCAGUGAGAUCGCCUCACAACGAGUACGUGGUGCAGCCGGCGCUUCUUUUCAACUCGUUCUGACCAUUGGUAUUCUUGUUGCACAAUUUAUUGGCAUGCCUUUUAUUGCUGGAACAUGUCGCGGAUGGGGAUGGGGAUUGUCUAUUGUAUUUUUGCUACCAUUUUUCGGUCUCUUUCUUCUUAUCUUGUUACCAAACUCGCCUACACAAUUGAUUGCUAAGUAUAAUAAUGAAGAACAAGCCGAAAACGAUCUAAAACAUUUACGUGGAACAAAUGAUGUGCACGCCGAUCUUGAGACGAUUCGACAGCAGAUAAGAGAACAAAGUGGUUCUGGUGGAUCAGAAUCACUUUCGAUCCUUCAGAUAUUAAAAACACCUCGAUAUCGUUGGCCGAUGCUGACUACAGUCGUCCUUCAACUUUCACAAGCAAUGUCUGGUAUCAAUGCCGUUUUCUUCUAUUCUUCAAAGAUGUUCGAGAAAGCACGUAUCCCUAAUCAUUUUAUUCCUUAUGCUAAUCUUGGGACCGGUCUUAUUAAUGUGCUUGCCAGUAUUGCUUCUCUGUCGUUAAUUGAGAAAGCUGGUCGUCGAGCAGUGAUUGUCUAUCCAAUGGUCAUUAUGGCUAUUGUUUUUGGUUUGCUUACUGUUAAUAAUUUCAUUGAUAAAAUGGAACGCAACGAAACAGAAUUUCAAUCACGAGGACAAAUUCUUGAUCAUUUUCAAAAGACCGAAUUGAUUGAAUGUCUUCGACAACAUCGUGACAUACUUGCUAAACAUAAAUUGUAUGGUACGGGUACGACUGGAUCAUUAGUCGAAAAAGAGCUUCAAAUACCUGUCACUAAAUUUGAAAGUGGUCCUUUAGGUGGUGAUCAGCAAUUAGGUGCAAAAAUUACUUCACGAGCACUUGAUAUUCUAAUUUUUUUUAUUGAUACAUUGGAUUCUCAUCCUCAUACUGCCGAUGUGCAAGCACUUCUUCGUUUAGCUCAAGUCUAUGGUAUUGUUUGUGCUACGACUGCUGCUACGGUCGAUUUUUUACUCAGCUCACCAAAGAUGAAUGAACCUCAUGUACGAAAAAUACAAACAGGUCAAACAUUGAAACCAAAAUAA